AUGGAGAAGAAUUUUGCCACAUGCUACUUCCUUAUAUGGAAAUAUGCUGCGAGCCUAUACGCCGAUGGAGAAUGGAAAAGGUCCGGAGAGCUGUUUGCGCAAAUCAAGGACACAAGUUUGAGGGUGCUAGGCGAGGAGCAUCCUUCCACGCUGACGAGCAUGGCCAACCUGGCGUCGACGUUUUGGAAUCAAGGGCGGUGGAAGGAGGCCGAAGAGCUAUUUGUACAAGUUAAGGACACGAGUUUGAGGGUGCUAGGCGAGGAGCAUCCAGACACACUAAUCAGCAUAGCUAACCUUGCAGCUAUAUGGAAAGGUCAAGACCGAGAUGACGAUGCCCUGCAAUAG